GAGAGAGAGAGAGAGAGAGAGACACGGCCACAGAAGAGAGACGAGAGAAGAACCUCAGUGUCUGGUUUUUGGCGUUUUUUCUUAAAACAUCGUGACGCUGAUAAUCUCCCAGAGUCACAGGACUAGGCUCGGUUCGGAUCUGUUGUAUAUUUUGGAGUCUUUUUUUUUUUUUCGUGCGUGGAAGGGAACCGGUCACAAGAGUCGGGGGGUUAUGAGCCGUCCGAAGCCGCGUCGGUGCGUCGCUGUCCAGGGUCCUGAGUGAGACAGAGCCAGCGGAGCAACCACGGAGCCUGACAUCACCCGGCGAGGAGGAGGUCCUUUUGCAGCGCUAGUGGGUCCCAGGUUUAUACGAUGACAGUGUAGAAGCUCUCAGGAUCCUGAGAGGAGAGAUGAGCUGGAUAGACCUGAGAGAGUUGAAAAGCUCUGGAGCCAUGGAGUUGAGGGUGGGGAACAAAUACCGCCUCGGGAGGAAGAUAGGGAGCGGAUCCUUUGGAGACAUUUACCUCGGUUCUAACAUCGCUACAGGAGAGGAAGUAGCAAUCAAACUAGAAUGUGUGAAAACCAAACAUCCACAGCUCCACAUAGAGAGCAAGUUCUACAAGAUGAUGCAGGGCGGAGUGGGAAUCCCGUCUAUCAAAUGGUGUGGAGCAGAAGGCGACUACAACGUCAUGGUUAUGGAGCUGCUGGGCCCCAGUCUGGAGGACCUGUUCAACUUCUGCUCCCGCAAGUUCAGCCUCAAAACAGUCCUGCUGCUGGCCGAUCAAAUGAUCAGCAGGAUUGAAUACAUCCACUCCAAGAACUUCAUCCACAGAGACGUGAAGCCUGACAACUUCCUGAUGGGGCUUGGCAAGAAAGGCAACCUGGUCUACAUUAUUGACUUCGGCCUGGCCAAGAAAUACCGCGACGCCCGAACGCACCAGCACAUCCCCUACCGCGAGAAUAAGAACCUGACCGGCACCGCCCGCUACGCCUCCAUUAACACCCACCUGGGCAUUGAGCAAUCGAGACGAGACGACCUGGAGUCUCUGGGCUAUGUUCUCAUGUACUUCAACCUGGGCUCUCUGCCCUGGCAGGGGCUCAAGGCCGCCACCAAGAGGCAGAAGUAUGAACGCAUCAGUGAGAAGAAAAUGUCCACCCCCAUAGAGGUGCUCUGCAAGGGAUACCCCUCGGAGUUCUCCACCUACCUGAAUUUGUGUCGCUCAUUGCGGUUCGACGACAAGCCAGACUACUCAUAUCUGAGGCAGCUCUUCAGGAACCUUUUCCACAGACAGGGCUUCUCCUACGACUACGUCUUUGAUUGGAACAUGCUGAAGUUUGGUGCCAGCAGAACAACAGAAGAUGGCGAGAGGGAGAGGAGGGAGGGAAAAGAGGGGGAGGAGCGGGCAGGAGGGGGCCAAAGAGGAGCUGGAGGUCGAGCUUUGCCACCUAAUCCGAACCCGUCAGCAGCCAACAGAGUCAGGAACGAGGCGGACGCAGCCCCUUCAAACCCGGCCACACGAGGGGUCCAGCAGUCAGCAGGUAACCGCUCCCCUCAGGCCGGCAGAGCGGAGCGGGCCGAGCGAGAGAGGAAGGUGGCCAUGAGGCUUCACCGCGGGGCCCCCGCCAACGUCUCCUCCUCUGACCUCACCGCACGCCUUGACCAGUCGCGCAUCACUGCAUCACAGGUCAGUGUGCCGUUUGAACAUCUGGCAAAGUGAGUUCCUACUGGCUGGCCUGCAGGUCAGUGACAGCAGCUGCAGGGUAUGAAAUACCCCUUACUUUUCAAACAUAUGAAUGAAAACAUAAGUGAUGGAAGAAGGACAAGUGGAGCAGGAGGAGGCGUUGCGGGCCCUCACAGCGGGGAAACGAGGCCAAUUGUGUGUCUGUCAGUAUGCUGUGUGAACACUGAGGAGAAACCAGCCGGACAAACGGACUUGUUAGCUAGAACUGGUUUGUAUGACUUUUUUGCGGAUGCGGCGUGAAAAAAAGUGGGGGAAACAACACACAGGCCCCGCCCGUUCUUCAUUCAUAUCCACCUGUCCAUCGACUCAGAGGUUCAACUUGCAAAAAAAAAAAAAAAAAGACAAAAUUCACAAAA